AUGUCUGCGCCACCAAAAAACAGCUCGUCUCGCUUCCAAGGCGUGAGCGAUCUAUCAGCUCUACCGUCAAUAGCGGAAGAUACCAUCCUGGCCACCCUACGCGAACGCUACCUCGCUUCCCAGCCCUACACCUCCAUAUCCUCCUCCGCCCUCGUCUCCGUCAAUCCCCACACCUACCUCCCGAUUAAUGGCGACUCGUCACUACAAGACUACGUGUCGGAAUACUACCAGUCCGCGGUGGACGACGCGACAUCGCGAGAUGCAACGCCCGUGGUCAAGGAGAAGCUGGGACCGCAUAUUUUUCGGCUGGCGCUUUCGAGCUACUACAACAUGAAGCGGACAGGGCAGGAUCAGAUACUAGUCCUGACUGGCGCGAUGGGUUCCGGCAAGACGGAAAUGAGGAGACUCGUCAUCAAGGCCAUUGCGGAAGUGGCCAUCGCUGCACCGGGGAAGAAGGGCUCCAAGCUAGGCGGGCAGAUCGCAAAUGCCCAAUACAUCUUGGAAUCCUUUGGAAACGCCCAUACCCUUACCAACGACAAUGCCUCCCGCUUCGGCAACUAUACCGAGCUUCAGUUCAACGAGCGAGGUCGUCUUGCCGGUCUCAAAGCUAUCGAGUACUACUUUGAGCGGUCUCGAGUUUCCCAAACCCCGGCGGUCGGCGAGCGCAAUUUCCACAUCUUCUACUACCUCGUCAGCGGCGUGCAAGGGGAGGAGCGGUCCUUCCUGAAACUCGGCAAGGUCGACGAUUACCGGUACCUCCAAUGCCGGGUUCGGCGGCAGGGGACGGAAGACCAGCAGCGCUUCGAGCAGCUCAAGCAGGCGUUCAAGCACGUCGGGCUGUCGCAGCGGCUCGUAGCGCAGGUCUGUCAGCUCCUCGCCACCAUCCUCCAUAUCGGCAAUCUCCACUUUACGGCGGAUGAUCGGUCGCAUGAGGGCGCCAGCGUCGUCAAUUAUGAGGUUCUAGCCACGGUCGCCGAGUUCCUCGGCGUCUCGCACGAAGCGCUCGCGGAGCUGUUCUCGUUCAAGACGUUGCUCUUGGGGAAGGAGGUUUGCACCACCUUCCUCGACGGCGAGCAGGCGGAAGGCGUGCGGGAUGAGCUCGCUCGGACACUCUACUCGCUCCUCUUUUCCUGGCUCAACGAGCACAUUAAUCAGAAGCUCUGCAAAGACUCCUUCUCCUCCUACGUUGCCCUCCUCGACCUCCCCGGACACCAGAACGCGUCCGUCCAAAUGGGCGCGAGCGUCAACUCGGUCGACCAAUUCUGCUUCAACUUUGCCAACGAAAAGGUUCACAACUGGCUGCUUCACCGUAUCCACGAGACGUCCCUCGAAGAGGCGUCCAAGGAGAAGCUGCCGGUCACGCGGUUGCCGUACUUUGACAACUCGGAGUGUCUACGGAUGAUGAGCGACUCCAAGGGCGGGCUCAUCCAUAUCAUGGAUAACGAGGCGAGGCGGAAGCGGUCCGAGUCGAGCAUGCUGGAGGCGAUGGGCAAGAGGCACGCGGGACAUGCGUCCUUUUCGGUCCAGGCGGAUAGGGGAUCGGGCGCGUUCACCAUCAACCAUUACGGCGGCUCGGUGUCCUAUUCGGCGGAGAAUUUCCUGGAGCGAAAUGCCAACGAGACUAGCUCGGACAUCUUGCGUCUCCUUCGGGGCAGCACGGCCAGCCACGUCUCGGAGGACCAGGGGUCCAACAACCCCUUUAUCAAAAGCCUCUUCUCGUCCAAGAGCAUCACGACGCAAGUUCACCCCCGGAACGACGAGACGAUCGUUGCGGUCCAGCAGCCGGUCCGGCCGAUGCGUGCCCCGUCCAUGCGCCGCAAGAAGAACUCCAAGCUCGCCGCAGUGGACGAGGAGAACAACGCUGGCGAUGACGGAGACGAAGUAGGCGGCGGGAACGAUGCCUCGGCGGGCGGGCACGAAAUGCAGUGCGUCGCAGGACAGCAUUGGCAAGCUCUCAAUUUGCUGCUCUCGAGCUUUGACCAGGCGCAACCCUGGUUCAUCUUUUGUCUACGCCCGAACGACUCGCAGCUCCCGGCGCAGGUCGAGAUCCGGUCGAUGAAGGCGCAAAUCAGGGCCAUGGGGUUGUCGGAGAUGGCUCAAAAGCUGCAAACCAGCUAUGAAGUCCGGAUGACCUAUGCCGAGGCGUGCGAGCGGUAUGGCGAGGAGCUGAGCGUGAGGGGGAUUCUGGAGGGGCCGAGCCAUGUUGAUCGGCUCAAGGAUUUGAAGCGGGUCUUGAGUUAUGAGGAUAAGGAUAUGGGUAUUGGCGCCAACCGAGUCUUCCUGUCACAUUUGGCUUUCCAUCGAUUUGAGGACCGUCUGCGGGCAGCAGAAGGCGACGAGCAGCGGAGACCGCGAGAGGAGGUGGAGAUGCUUGAAGGCCGGCUUCCGGACCCUUUCACUCCCUACCGAUCCAUCUCGCCCGCCUCCCCUGCAUUCGAGAAGGACCCUUACGACCGCGACGACUCUCAAAUUGCCCUCCCUCUCGUCUCCCACGCCCAGCCUCUCCGCCACCACGACAACUUCUCCGUCGACGACUUUGACGAGCGAAGAGAAUUCGCUCCUAGCGAGAUCUCGGGCAAAUUCGGCGAUGCCGCGUCCAACGUUGGGACCGAGGCGUAUGCUCCGUCGCGAAACAUGUUCCGGGACUUUGACACCAAGGAGAAGGAUGUGCUGGACACGGCGCCGCAAGAUGGAGAAGUGACGGAAACGUACAAGGAGUCCUCUGCCCGUCGGCGGUGGGUGGCCUUGUGCUGGAUCCUGACCUUCUGGGUCCCUGGACCGCUGCUGUCUUGGUGGGGAGGAAUGAAGCGGCCGGACGUGCGCCAAGCAUGGCGGGAAAAGCUGGCCAUCAACAUGAUCAUCUGGUUCAUCUGCGCUUGCACCAUCUUCGUGAUCGCCAUUCUCGGGCCGGUCAUCUGCCCUACCCAACACGUCUUCUCUUCCUCGGAACUCGCCGCCAAAUCCUACACCAACGACCCCAACAACGCCCUCGUCGCUGUCCGCGGAGAGGUGUUCGACCUGGUCUCCCUCGCCAAGACCCAUCUUACGGCGGUCCCGGUCGUCCCCGUCCGCCAGGUCAUGCAGUACGGCGGUCUCGACGCGUCCAACAUCUUCCCCGUCCAAGUCAGUGCCCUCUGCUCCGGUACGCGCGGCUCCCUCAGCCCCUACGUCACCCUCGAUACGACCAACACUACCGACCCUUACUCCAAAUACCACGACUUCCGGGCGUACACGACCGACCCCAGGCCAGACUGGUACCAGGAGCAAAUGAUCGUCAUGCGCUCCCGAUUCCGCAAGGGGUUCAUGGGGUACACCAAGAAGGACGUGCGGAACAUGGCGAGUUCGGGACGGGCGGUGGGGAUCUACCAGGACAAGGUGUACGAGUUGACAACAUACAUUCGGCAAAACGGCGGUGGGCUUCGCGCACCGGACGGCGUACAGCUCGGCGCGGACGAUACCCGGGAUCGGCAAUUCAUGUCGGACCAGGUAUUGCAGGUGUUCACCUACAAUUCUGGCCAGGACGUCACCCAGCUCUUUGACAACCUCGCUUCCAACAUCGGUCAGGACGUCGUCAAUUGGCAGCGGGACUGCCUCCGGAACCUCUUCAUCAUCGGCGAGCUCGAUACUCGCGACUCGCCACAAUGCCAGUUCUCCACCUACAUCCUCCUCGCGCUCUCCAUCGUCAUGGUCUCCAUCAUCGGAUUCAAAUUCAUCGCCGCCCUUCACUUUGGCUCGUCCCGUGCUCCGGAGAACCACGACAAGUUCAUCAUCUGCCAGGUUCCUUGCUAUACCGAAGGCGAGGAAUCUCUGCGGCGGACGAUCGACUCGGUUGUCAAGACCAAGUAUGACGACAAGCGAAAACUCCUCUUGAUCAUUUGCGAUGGCAAUAUCAAGGGGUACGGAAACGAAAAGGCCACUCCGGCCAUCGUGCUUGAUAUCCUCGGCGUUGACCCCAAUGCCGACCCCGAGCCGCUCUCUUUCCAGAGUCUCGGCGAGGGUGCCAAGCAGCACAAUAUGGGCAAGAUCUACGCGGGGCUGUACGAGUGCUCAGGUCAUGUUGUGCCCUACCUUGUCAUCGUCAAGGUGGGCAAGCCGACCGAGCGGCCCAAGCCGGGAAACAGAGGAAAGCGGGACUCGCAGAUGGUCGUCAUGCACUUCUUGAACAAGAUCCACUUCAACGCUCCGAUGAACCCCCUUGAGCUCGAGAUGUACCACCAAAUCAAGAACGUCAUCGGUGUCAACCCCAGCUUUUACGAAUACCUCUUCAUGGUCGAUGCGGACACUACGGUCCAGGAGCUUUCGCUAAACCGGCUCGUCUCGGCCAUGAUGCACGACAAAAAGGUCAUCGGUGUUUGCGGCGAGACCUCGUUGGCCAACUCCAAGCAGUCUAUCGUGACUAUGGCGCAGGUGUACGAGUACUUUAUCUCGCAUCAUCUCGCCAAGGCAUUCGAAUCACUCUUCGGGUCCAUCACCUGCCUUCCCGGUUGUUUCUCCAUGUACCGCCUUCGUACGCCCGACACCCAUAAACCCCUCUUCAUCUCCAACCAGAUCAUCCACGACUACUCGGAGAAUCGGGUCGACACGCUUCACCUGAAGAACCUGCUUCAUCUCGGAGAAGACCGGUACCUCACUACCCUUGUGCUCAAGCACUUCCCGGCGUACAAGACCAAGUUUGUACGGGAUGCGCAUGCCGAGACGGUUGCGCCAGACUCGGCGUCCGUGUUGCUCUCGCAGCGACGGCGGUGGAUCAAUUCGACGGUACAUAAUCUCGCGGAGCUGGUCUUCCUUGAUCAGCUUUGUGGGUUCUGCUGCUUCUCGAUGCGCUUCGUCGUCUUUAUCGACCUGCUAUCCACCGUCAUUGCCCCCGUCACCGUAGCCUACAUCGGAUACCUCCUGUACAUCGUCAUCGGCAAGGGCGGUACCAUCCCCAUUCUUUCCAUCGUCAUGCUCGCCGCCAUCUACGGUCUCCAGGCGCUGAUCUUCAUCUUCCGGAUGCGGUGGGACAUGAUUGCCUGGAUGAUCUUUUACAUUCUUGCCAUCCCCGUCUUCUCUUUCUUCCUUCCGCUGUACUCGUUCUGGAAGAUGGACGAUUUCAGUUGGGGAACGACCAGAUUGGUGGUCGGUGAGAAGGGCAAGAAGAUGGUUAUUCAUGAUGAGGGCAAGUUUGAUCCGAGAUCGAUCCCGCUCAAGAGCUGGAACGAGUACGAGAAUGAGCUAUGGGAUCACGAUUCGAACCACUCUGGCUCUUACCUGCCGCCAAUGAAAGCCGAAUACGACACCCACUCGGUGGCGGCUUCGGGGUACGGUGGCGAGUACGGUCGGCCCGGCUCGGUCAUGACAGCCAACGCACCCGGAAAUGGCUACAAUCCCCGCGGCCUCACACCUAUGGCGAGCUACCAGGACAUUCACGCUCAGGCACAAGCCCAGUCUCGGGCUGCCUCGUUCUACGCGGCCCCGCAAGUCCCGUACGGCGGGAUGGGGAUGGGUGACCCUAUGAGCCCAUUCGCGAGCAACCCAAACCUUCAACAACCGGUCAUGUUUGACAAUCGGUCAAUGUACCAAGCUGCGCCCGGCCCCGGCUCGGCAUACAACUCAUUCUACGGGACCCCCAACCAAGGCCAGAUGCUGCAACAUCGGGACUCGUCCUACUCGCUCAAUCAGCAGGCGCAGGCGCAAGCUCCUCGGCCCGGAAGCCAGCAUAUGCCAAUGUCGAAUCAGCCCUCUUCGCGCCCUGCCACACAGGUGCUGCCAGAGAUGGACUGGGCGCCAUUAGACAUGGGCGAGGCAGGUAUUUCGGACGCACAUCUGGAGUCGUCGAUCAGGCGGAUAUGCGCAGAGGCGGAUCUGGAUAACCUGACAAAGAAGGGAGUGAGGAAGCAGCUCGAGCAGGAGCACGGAGUCAGCUUGGAUCAGCGGAAGGAGACGAUCAAUCGCAUCAUCGAGAAGGUGCUGAACGGUGAGUACCGCCUAAUGAUGAGAUCACGAUAG